GGGGAACCUGCAGCAGCUACGAAAUUUUGAGAGUUCCAUUCUGCGUGAGGCCAGAUUUGCAAGUCUUGAGAGGACCUGGGGAAGACGCUAUCUAUGGAAUCAGGAAGGAAUCCAGGCCCGGGACCUUGGACAUGUCCGGUAUCAGUAUGGGUAUCCUACUCCAGAAGGUGAAUCCGGUGAUGAUUCCGAUACCGCAUUAGUAUAUCAUGAAGAAGAGAGAAAUGAAGAGUAUAAAUGGAGUUUUGUACUUGCGCUGGUAUCAAUCAAACCUUCAUACAAUCCUAGAACAACCACCACCAGAUCUAUAACAACUCAAAAUGGCGACUGCAAUGGUGUACCACGCAAAGGCACAAUCAACAUUCAAGCCUCCUCUUAUUGCAAAUGAGAAUGCUUAUUUGGGUGAUGUUGACUCCAGUGACUCCUACAACACCGAAAAGCCCAUCUCUGCUGGCUUCUACCGUCUCGAGAAAGGCACCCCCCUGGUUUAUGAGUACACCUACGAUGAGAUGAAGAUCAUUCUCGAAGGAGAAUUCGAGAUCUCCGAUGAGACUGGUCAGAAGGUGACGGCGACGCCGGGCGAUGUGUUUCAUUUCCCCCAGGGGUCGAAGAUUACUUUCACAACGCCAUCAUAUGGGCUGGCGUUUUACACCGGACAACGGGCAAAGGGAGCCGCUUAGUGGCAUAACCUAUGAAAGGAAGUUACUUGAAGCGAGGCUUAUCGAUCCCUUGAUAGAGAUUCUCCUUAGUUGGUCGACUAUCAAUGGAUAUUUCAGAUCUGGCGUGUUUCCUGGGAGAGGAGCCCAUUUGUUUACCCUUACCCAGCUAGCGAUGGAUAUAUAUAGUGAGAAAUAGAAAGUGCAAUUCCUCGUAAGCAACCAAAACACCCUUGUGCGGUCUCUCUCUCUCCAAAAGGUUCUCUCUAAGAACUAGCGGACAUGACU